ACCAUCAUCGUCGCCUCUCCUCUGCUCUUUGCCAUCAUCCGUUCCUCUUAUCUCAGUUAGAUACGAAUCUCUCAAGACAUGGCUUUGCCUCCUGAGCAGAUCAAUAUCAAACGACGUCGGGAGGAAGAGCCAGUGGAUACAUUGUUUAUCCAAUCCGAGCUACAUCAAACAAAGCGUCGGUUCACGGACUUUGUCUUCCAAAGAGUGACAAUUAGUGCAAGCCAGGCUCGUCGAAGUGGCUUACCCAGUCCUUCAGAUUUGACAGCUUCACAAAGGACUGUACGAAGCCCCCGUUCUGUGAGCAGCAUCCAUCUCCCCAAGACCACCAAUAAGGAAAAUGGAGGUGUCCCUUUGGUGAGAGCUACGUCCCCUGGGGCUGAAAUUCGUGAUGAAAGGCGAAUUGCCGCCGCCCGUAAAGAGGCCGAGGAGCGACUGAAAAAAGCCUUAUACUCCUCGCCUACGCCAUCGAAGUCGGACUCUGAAAAGGGUACUGCAGCUCCGGAGAGCGGUGAAGCACCAGGUGCCGGAGUAUUGGUUUCUUCCACAUCGAGCGGACAGGAAAGCCCCCCCGCUUUAUCGUCUGCGGGCCUUGCGCCCUCGAUACGUCGGUUUCAGAUCUCCCGAUCGAGCACGCCGGGAAGUCCACUCCGGAGUACAGGCGGAGGCGUCCAAAAACGGAGAGGGGAUGGCGCUAUUGCCGUUCUGGUGGAGAAGCUCCGCCGUGAACCCCAUUCAAGACAGGCGUCUUAUGUUGCGGAUGCUGUUGUUGGGAGAGCAGAUGACGCUGCUUUGGCUGUAAGUCAGGAAUUGACGCCUGCUCGGCCGCGUAAGCGGCCCGUGGUGAAUCAGGCAGAGAAAAAAUGGCGCGAAGAGCGUCAGGGAGCCAUCUCUGCAGCCAAAGAACAUAUCACGCAAGUUCUUGAAAAAGAAGCGCAGGCUCACCAGAGGAACUGGGAAGAAGAAUCCGAGCGCCUAGCGCGCGAGCUUGAGCAGAUCGCACUGGAGCUUGAUGGAGAAAUGGAGGGCCUUCCGACAGACACAAAACUGCACUCUCCUACAGCAACUCGUGCAGUUAUUCCCAAGCCUCCGCUCAAAUAUCAACCGCGGACCCCGAAUAAACCUCGAGCAGUUACACUCCCCGCUGCCGACAUCAAGCAAGGGGACGCCAUGAAGCCAGCCACGACGGAACAGGACGGCAGUGAUAGCGACGAAGAGUAUGUUUACGACACGUAUAUCCGUCGUCCGCUGUCGGAUGAAGGGCUUUUGACAGACCCACUAGUCGAUCUAGAAUUAGGCCAGGAAGCGUGGUUGAGGCGACACGGGAUUGACGCCACUCGCCAAGAUAUUGGAGUUAUCGUCAUCACCCCCGAGGACGAAAUUUAUUGGGCGGAUUUUGUGGAGGAAGAUGAUGAGGAUCGGUGGGAUAGCGAAGAUGGGGACUCAAAUGCUGAAAACAAUCCUGCGAAUGACUAUCCAGAUGAGGACUUGUCCUGGGACGACGAGGAAGAUGAUCCGGCAGCGAUCUACAGGAAGUACCGACAUGGCCGGUCCGACGACGAAGAAUUCGACGGGGACGACUCUACUAGUGAGGGUGCCGGUGCUGGCGGAUUUGGAAAUCGACUUGGGGGCCGGUUGCAGCUGCAUUUGCAGGACUUGGGAUUUCGAGAUCUCUUCGCCUCGAGAGACGGUGUGCAGGCCUCCGUUACUGACCUUUGUGGGAGGGCAUAUUCUUGUGUUUUUGUACCCAAGAUCUUAGGCCGCAACGGCUUCUACAACUUUACUCUUUCUUCGUCAUCUCCAUCUUCUGUUAACAUUACUCGAGUCAGGGCUGCUUUUAUUGUCUCAAAGCCCGGGUGGGAGGGUAACUCGAUUCGUCGAGGGGUUCUCUUUGAUCUCUUUCCUCGCAACAGCAUCAUGACCGAAUUAUCGACAAAAACGCCGUGGGCAACAGGCGUCAAGAAAGUUCUGGUUUCUACUUCUACUCUUGACAAUCCCUCUGUGGCUAAACUUGAUCGGGCGCUUGCAGAGGAGACUGUUCUUUGCCCGUCUAAUCUGCCGUCUCCACUCCCUGCAGCGCAUAGGGACUUGAAUUUCGCCGCUUUUGCAAGGGUUUGUGAGUCCAAGUCUCUACGAAUCUAUUUCGGUCGGCAACAGUUCAGGGAUUACGAACUCGGUGUACUGAGGACCUUUGUUCAUGGUCUAAGGACAAAAAACCUUAAAGCGGUGUCUUUCAAUGAGGCCCGCCAGGGCCGUAUUGAAAGACGCUGGAAGGAUCUGAGUGUAUGGCUUGACAACCCGCCUGAUUAUGAGGAGUCUGCGUCCGAACGGGUGCAGCAAGUGAAUCCACCCCCAUAUCAUGAUAAAUCUAAGUUAGCCCGUGCGGGUGAGAAACGGCCCCGAGACCACUCUUCAUUACCACCCGAGGAUGACGGACGAAAACGACCGCUCUUAAUAUCCCCAGAAUCGCCAUGCUCUCCUACCGAAGUCAAUACACCGAGUCCUCGUCCCCCUUCACCGGCCUCGAUCCGAGCAACCGACUUUACGCGUCAUUCCUCUCCAAGACGCACGGAGCGUGACACACUUGCGCGUUUUGAGCAUAUGCUCUAUGGUGCUUCCGAUGAUUUGAUCCGCCAAUUAUUGAUUCGCUUAGUAUGUCGAUGUCUACCGACCGUAUCUGAUGAUUCGGAGGGUCAUUUACUCUCUGAUUCGGAGAAAGCCAUUUUGACCAAGAUCGAAUUGAUCGAACGUCACCUCGAACGUGUCAUCGAUGCGAAGAUCAAAUCCAUCCUUGAAACACAUAUCCUGAAGGAAAUUGUGCAGGAGACCGUCGACAGUGCUUUAAGCGAGUGUUGUGACAAGGUCUUGGAUGUAUGCGAAAUGCACAAAACUGAAUUUAGCGAGCACGUUGACGAUAGUAAGACCGACGUACGCAUCACAGCCGACGAUUGUAUGAAGGAGAUGGAAGAACAAGCCCAAAAGCAUAUGGAUGAAAUAGAAGAGCAAGCGCAACAGUAUAUGCAUAGGAUUGAGGAUCAGGGACCAGAGGCUGAGAUAUCUGCGGAGAAAACGGGACCUCAUUUAAAGCGAUGGUUGGAAACGUCUGCCCAGUCUCUACCUGCGAGCAAAUCAAGCCCUCGCCAGGGGGUGCUGAGCCCCAAGGCCAGACGCAGCUCCUUCUAG